AUGCUCGAGUCGCUCUUGCGCGCGCGCGUGCUGUACGGUGCCGUGGCCAUGUCCGUGAGUGUGCUGGUGUUCUCGUUCUUGCAGGAGCGCGAGCAGAUCAAAGACAAGAAGACCGAGUCGGCCGAGCGGUCCGUGAGCGCCAAGCGCUUCUUUGACGCGAUUGAGCACAUGUCGCACUUGUCGACCGCCCAACGCGUGGAAAUCCAACGCUUUUGGCGCAAUUUGAGUACGAAAAAGCACCCUAAGGAUUGUUGCACGCAUCGACGAGGCAAGUGCCGCUCGAGGGCAUCACUGGACACAAAACGGGACGACAGGCGGGAUGAGGACGACCAAGUGAUUGUCAUGAAGGAUGUGCAAGACUUUGCGCUGGAGUACACGCGCGUGUUUCCCGACACUUUUCCCGAAAAACAAGUCCUCGAAGCUGCAGAGAAAGCGGCGGAGGCAGCUGAGCACGGCGGCACGGCUUGGAGCGGCCUUGUCGACAGCACGAGCACGAUGAUCGUGUCCACGGGCAAACGGUUGAACCACAUUGCAAAAGACACGAAGGACGAAGUCCAGCUAGCCAUGCAUCGUACAGUGCGGAAAGUGCUGGAAAGUGCACUGGAUAUUGUUGCAGGAAAGUUGCAACAGACGCUGAAAGAUCCAGAUAUGCCAGAGUAUCUCAAGACGAACAUUGAUAUUGGCAUUCAGCAGUUUAUGCCGGACGUCAAGAUGGAGAUCUUUCGCAAAACACGCGAAUUGUUUGGUCAAGGUGUACAGGCGAAUCAAGUGGAGACAAGUGGUUUGAACAACCGAGGCGAGGGGGCUUUGCAGCGAGGGCAAGGAGACGCGUGUGAAUUUGUUGCUGCAAGCCACAGGUUCCACUUCUUCCGAUGCCUUCGCGCGCACAUUCUGCAUCACCUGUUCCCGCAUGAUAAGACUAUCUGGCGAUCGCUUAGGGAUCCAUGGUGGAUUGCAUACACUAGUGUGGGUCUUCUUCCUGUGGUUGGCCAGUUGUGGUGGAUCUUCCUGUUCGUCAUAAAGGACAAAACGAACGAACACCAGUUGUGCGAGUUCAUUGUGGGGUUCAAGGCCGCGCACUUUAUCACGCUGGGCAUCAUGCAUAUGACAUUUGGCGUCUUUAUGUACGUGACGUGUACCGUGCAAGGCUCUAUGCUGAGCUGCCAAAACGGAGGCGGGCCUGCGCUAAGUGAAGGAACAGCGUGCUUUUUCGCGCUGCAGAUUCUGCUCGUCUGGGCGGCAUUUCUUCGGUUACCUUACACGGAGCGUCCAAAAGAGACGACGCCGUAUCAGACAAAGUCAAUGGAGCUGCGGGAACGUAGUGUACUACGCGAUGCAUUUGGUAACGAAGUGCACUUGAAUCGUGGUGGCUACCUGAUGAAGUUCUGCGGCUACGAGACAGUAUCCUUCAUCGUGGUGAUGGCCCUAGCGGGUCUUGUGCUCUGCUUACCGUUCGAAUCAUGGCAGCGUCGAGCACUGUUCUACUGGAUUCGCACCGCGUACGGACUCUUCUCGUUCCCUUUUCUGAUCUUCAAGAUCCCCGUGCUGGCAAAAGUGUUGAUGCACACUCGACAAAUGGGCUACAACGAGCUGGGCGAAACGGUGCAGUUUGUCGUCAAGAAGCGGGUGGAGUGA